UCUCUGUUGUCAGUUCUGUAUGAAGCUAGCAGUGAACUGUGACAGAUACAGCGCUUAACUUCUGUCUUUUCAAUGUGUUGUCAGUUAAACGCGCAUUUAGCCGUCAUUGUGUUUAAAGAGAACACAUAGACGCAGUUAUCCAAGGACUUUUAACGCAUUUUAACCGAAACAUAAACAUGAAGUUGGACGUCACCUAUAACCAGAUGGUGGAUCCGGAGAGACGGCGGCAGGAAUUCUCCCGCAGAGCACAGCUGUUCGCCAGGUGUCAGAUCGCUCUGGCCGCCGUGGCCUGUGUGCUUCUGGCUGCCAUGGCGCUCUACAACAUCCUGAGCGCGAGGUCAGCGGGGUCAGUGAAGUCGGCAGGGUCAACGUUGCACUAUCCUGCCUCCAUCAGCAGCCGCUUUCAGGAGACAGUGGAGUCCUGCUCAGACCCCUGCAAGAUCGUUCUGGUGGAGAGCAUCCCAGAGGGGAUGGAGUUCAACUCCAGCACCAGCAACCCCUCCAUCUUCCAGGCGUGGGUCCGCCUGAUGAGCGAGGCGCGCAGCAGCGUCGACAUCGCCUCCUUCUAUUGGACGCUCACUAACGAGGACACCGGCACUCAGGAACCCUCAGCCUCUCAGGGGGAGGAAGUUUUGAAGCGGCUGGCUGAACUCUCCGGGAAGCUUGACGUUCGGGUUGCGGUCGAUUCGCAGGAGGGAAAACCACAAGCUGACCUCAAACUGCUCAACGAUUCAGGCGCCGACGUCAGGACGGUCAACAUGAGGGCGCUCACCACCGGGGUUCUUCACACCAAGUUCUGGGUCGUCGACAAGAAGCACAUUUACAUCGGCAGCGCCAACAUGGACUGGAGGUCCCUGACGCAGGUGAAGGAGCUGGGAGCCGUCGUCUACAACUGCAGCUGCCUGGCCUCAGACCUGGAGAAGAUCUUUGAAGCUUAUUGGUUGGUUGGAGGGACCGAGUCCAUCCCGUCGCCGUGGCCGUCCACCUUCUCCACGCUGUACAACAAAGACACACCGCUCCAGCUGCCGCUGAACAGCACGCCGUCCAGCGUUUACCUCUCUAGCUCUCCUCUGUCCUUCUGCGCCGCCGGCAGGACUCCAGAUCUUCAGUCGCUUCUCAGCGUGAUUGAUGACGCAGAGGAGUUCAUCUACAUCGCUGUCAUGAACUACCUGCCCACCACAGAGUAUACGCAUCCGAAAAGGUACUGGGCCGACAUCGACACGCAGCUGAGGCGGUCUGCGUACGAGCGGAAGGUCAAAGUUCGCCUGCUGAUCAGCUGCUGGCCUCACUCUCCGCCCGUCAUGCUGCCCUUCCUGAAGUCUCUGGCUUCGGUUCACGACUACAGAACCAAGCUGGACGUCCAGGUGAGGCUGUUUACGGUUCCCGCCGACCCGAGGCAGGAAGAGAUUCCCUACGCAAGAGUGAACCACAACAAGUACAUGGUGACCGACAAAGUGGCGUAUAUUGGAACGUCUAACUGGUCGGGGGACUACUUCCUGAACACGGCCGGGUCGGCGCUGGUCGUGAACCAGACAAACUCGCCGGACCCGACUGUCCAAUCCCAGCUGAAGGCCGUCUUCGAGCGGGACUGGGACUCGGCCUACAGCGCCCCCAUCAGUCACGAUGCAAACCUCAAACACGUCUGCUGAUCCCCUCGCUCCAGAACUCGUUUGCACACGUGUGGCGUUCUGGUUCUCCUGGGCUUUGGACCCGGGUGAACGCUGGUUCUGGUGAGCUGGAAGCACAGAACAAUCUUUACUCCUUGAAUUACUUUUCCCCUCCACAUUUUGUGGAGGUUUUACACAAACUUCACUGGGAUUUCAAGAGCAUAAAUGUGAAAGGGAAAGAAAAAAAGGGUUUUUUUAACACAGAAAAAUCUGAAAAGUGUGGCGUGCAUUUUUCUCAGCCCCAGUAAGUCGAUUAUUUGCUGAAAAGUUGUUUGUAAGGUCAUUUAUAGUAAAUCAAAAAUACCUUAAAACUUUGGGUAUUUAUGCUGCAAAUUACAUCUGUACACUGCAAAAACAUAAAAUCUCACCUAGUAUUUUUGGUCUACUUUAAUGGGGAAAAUUUCUCAUUAGUGAACUAAUCUACCAAUAGAACUGGUCAUUUUUCAUCAAUAUUAAGGAAUUAUUUUCUUAAAACAGGCUCUUAUAUUUCGCUGUAAAGUUAGGUUUGUCUUAUUUAAAGUGCACUAAGAUAUUAGCACUAGAAACGACAAAAAACACAGGUUUAGUUUUUCCAGUGCAGAAAGUCCAUCCUCUCUCCAUAUUCAGAUGAUGGAUUUAACAAGUUUCUGUUUUUACAUCUUUACUUUCAUCAUACUUUUAUUUUCGUUCCAUUUCUCAGUUAUGUGAUACUUUUAGCUGAUCUGUUACUUAAAACACAUUGAAGUUUGUAAAACGCUGACAAAGCAUUUUGGCCAAACAUUUUAUCCUGUGUCUCUUUUUCAAACAUUUUGUAGCUUUUAUGAAUUUUAGUAACAGAACAAUGUUUUUUGUUUUUUAUAACAAUAAAGCAAUUUAUUGUUACUUGGAUUUUAUAAUCUAGUUUUUUAGCAUUUCAAGCUUCACCAUCACUGGGAGUUUUUCCAACUCAGGGAUUAAAAUCUGAUUAUUUUUUUACUAUAUCAAUGUGGAAAUUAGCGUUUUUAUUUCCUAAUCUGGUGCCAUUUUCCAGUUCUGAGAUUUUUAAACUUUCUUUCAGGACCUGAGUGCAUUUUUUUUUCCUUUAUACAACUUCACAGUAGUAAAAUACAUUAAAAUUAACCGUGCAAAGCAAGAGUUUUUAGUUUCAGGAGCAGUUUGAACUCUGGUCCACCUUUACUGUUUGACGUAUUUGUUGUAACGUGAUUGAAACAGCAAAUAAUCCCAGGCAUAAUCUCAUAAAAUAUCUGGGAAUAUCAAGAAUUAUCUGCAGCAGCAGCCUGUGAUCAAUAAAUCAUUUCAAUAAAAGUUCUUAAACUA